AAAGCCAAGUAUCUUACUGUAACUCAAGAUGUCUGAUAAUGCUGCAGCUGCUAACCUGAAUACAAAAGAAUCAACAGGUCCAACUACCCCACGCAAGGGGCCUCCUAAAUUCAAGCAAAGGCAAACAAGACAAUUCAAGAGCAAGCCUCCCAAGAAAGGAGUAAAAGGUUUUGGAGAUGAUAUUCCAGGAAUGGAAGGACUUGGAACUGAUAUCACUGUCAUCUGCCCCUGGGAAGCUUUUAGCCAUCUGGAACUUCAUGAAUUGGCACAGUUUGGAAUAAUAUAAUCAACCAAAAUUCCUGCUUGUCUCUGAUGGCAUCCGAAGCUCCUAUCUUGGUUACAAACAAUUCUCGUUUUCAUCCUUCCAUUUAAAAUAUUAACA